CGGCCGGCAGAGCGCUGAGCCGGCCCCGUGCCUCCCGGAGCUGUCCACCAUGAGCUACGCGCUGGAGUCGCUGGGCGCGCCGGCCGCCUACCGGCGGGUCACCGAGACCCGCGCCAGCUACAGCCGCACUAGCGGCGGCUCGCCGUCCAGCGGCUUCCGCUCCCAGUCUUGGUCCCGCGGCUCCGCCGGCGGCGGCAGCCUGAGCAGCUCGGCCAUGUCCGUGUCCUAUAAGCGCUCCAUCCCCCGCAGCGCCUACGGCGGCCUGGGCUCGGCGCUGCUCAGCUCGGCCGAGAGCAGCCUGGACUUCAGCCAGUCCUCGUCGCUCCUGAACGGGACGGGCGCGGGCAUGGGCGUCGACUUCAAGCUGGUGCGCGCCAACGAGAAGGAGCAGCUGCAGGGUCUCAACGACCGCUUCGCCGGCUACAUCGAGAAGGUGCACUCGCUGGAGCAGCAGAACCAGGAGAUCGAGGCCGAGAUCCAGGCUCUGCGCCAGAAGCAGGCGUCCCACGCGCAACUUGGCGAUGUCUACGAGCAGGAACUGCGCGAGCUUCGCGCCGGCCUGGAGCAGGUGAACCACGAGAAAGCGCAGGUGCAGCUCGAGUCGGAGCACCUGGAAGAAGACAUCCAUCGCCUCAAAGAGCGCUUCGAUGAGGAGGCGCGACUUCGCGACGACACGGAGGCUGCCGUCCGCGCGCUGCGCAAGGACAUCGAGGAGGCGUCCCUGGUCAAGGUGGAGCUGGACAAGAAGGUGCAGUCGCUGCAGGACGAGGUGGCCUUCCUGCGCAGCAACCACGAGGAGGAGGUGGCUGACCUGCUGGCGCAGAUCCAGGCGUCGCACAUCACGGUGGAGCGCAAGGACUACCUGAAGACGGACAUCACGUCGGCGCUCAAGGAGAUCCGCUCCCAGCUCGAGUGCCACUCGGACCAGAACAUGCACCAGGCCGAGGAGUGGUUCAAGUGCCGCUACGCCAAGCUCACCGAGGCGGCCGAGCAGAAUAAGGAGGCCAUCCGCUCCGCCAAGGAAGAGAUCGCCGAGUACCGCCGCCAGCUGCAGUCCAAGAGCAUCGAGCUCGAGUCCGUGCGUGGGACCAAGGAGUCCCUGGAGAGACAGCUCAGUGACAUCGAGGAGCGCCACAAUCACGAUCUGAGCAGCUACCAGGACACGAUUCAUCAGUUGGAAAAUGAGCUCCGGGGAACAAAGUGGGAGAUGGCACGUCAUUUGCGGGAAUACCAGGAUCUCCUCAAUGUCAAGAUGGCCCUGGAUAUUGAGAUUGCAGCAUACAGAAAAUUGUUAGAAGGCGAGGAGACCAGGUUCAGUACGUUUUCCGGCAGCAUCACUGGCCCUUUCUACACACACAGACAGCCUUCCGUCACAAUAUCCAGUAAAAUACAGAAAACAAAAGUAGAGGCCCCCAAGCUGAAGGUUCAACACAAAUUUGUAGAGGAGAUCAUAGAAGAGACCAAGGUGGAAGAUGAAAAGUCAGAGAUGGAAGAUGCCCUGGCAGCUAUUGAAGCAGAAUUGGCUUCUAGUGCCAUGAAGGAGGAAGAGGAAAAGGAGGAAGAAGAAGCAGCUGAAGAGGAAGAAAUUGUUGCCACCAAAAAGGCUGCUGUGGAGGCUGCUGCUCCAGAAGCUGAGGAAGGUGAGGAAGAAGGUGAGAAAGAAGAAGGGGAAGAGGAGGCAGAAGAGGAGGAAGAAGAAGAUGAGGGUGCUAAGUCAGACCAAGCCGAGGAAGGAGGAUCUGAAAAGGAAGGAUCCAGUGAAAAAGAUGAGGGUGAACAAGAAGAAGGAGAAACUGAAGCUGAGGGUGAAGAACUGGAGGCUAAGGAGGAAAAAACAGAAGUGAAGACUAAGGAAAAAGUCGUCAUCAAGGAGCUUGUUGUAGAAUCUACAUCAGUGAAAACGGAAAAAGCCAAGUCUCCUGUGGCCCUGUCACCCCCAGCAAAGUCACCCAUAGCAAAGUCUCCUGCAGCUCUGUCUCCCCCAGCAAAAUCCCCCACAGCAAAGUCCCCUGCGGCUCUGUCACCCCCAGAAAAGUCACCAACGGCAAAGUCCCCUGCGGCUCUGUCCCCUACAGCCAAAUCUCCCAUGCCAAAGUCUCCCAUGCCAAAAUCACCAAUGCCAAAAUCUCCUGUGGAGGAAGUGAAAGCUAAAGCAGAGGAAGAUAAGGAAGAAGCUGCAGUAGCUGCAGGAGAAAAGGAAUCCCCCAAAGAAGAGAAAAAGGAAGAACGUGCAAAAGAAGUCCCUGAAAAGAAAAAAGCUGACUCCCCUGUCAAAGAAACAGUCGUGGAAGAGGUGGACACUGUCACCAAAUCCGCUAAGGUUGGUUCUGAGAAAGAGGUUGAAGAGGAGGAGGGAGGGAGUGAGGAAGGAAGUGACCAGGGUUCAAAGGGAUCCACAAAGGAAGACAUAGCAAUCAAUGGGGAAGUAGAAGGCAAAGAGGAGGAGGAGGAGGAACAGGAAACCAAAGAAAAAGGUAGCGGGAGAGAAGAGGAGAAAGGGGUGGUCACCAAUGGGCUUGACUUGAGCCCAGCAGAGGAAAAGAAAGAGGGAGACAAGAGUGAAGAGAAAGUCGUGGUGACCAAAAAGAUAGAGAAAAUCACCAGUGAAGGUGGGGAUGGAGCUACCAAAUACAUCACCAAAUCUGUCACCGUGACCCAAAAGGUAGAGGAGCAUGAAGAAACCUUUGAGGAGAAGCUAGUGUCCACAAAAAAGGUAGAGAAGGUCACCUCUCAUGCUAUAGUCAAAGAAGUCACCCAGAGCGAUUAGGAGAAUCAGUCAGGUACAAAAGGUUAAGCCAUAUGACAACUUCAAAAUGCAUGUGAUUGACGGCUUCAAAGCAGAACCGGUUCUCCCAUGAGGGCUCCUGACACUGUAUUUUACUUUGUGCAACAUAAGGGACCUGCAUGCAAGCUCAGGGUGUGCUCCCUUCACAGUCUUUGGGGGAUUAACAAUGCAUGAUCUGUAAUGUAUCUAGGAAGUUUUUCUUUUUCCCAUUUCCUAAGCUGUUGGAAGGGGGGGGACACUCUGGAGGGAUGUCUUGAGAUGUAUUAUGCAAAGAUUCAACUGAGCCAAAAAUCAUAUUAAUACUAAUAAUAAUGAUCAUGAUAAUAAUAAUAAUGAAACCGAACUCUUAGCCUUAAGAAAGCUAUUUAUUGAAUAAUUAUGUUUACCUCACUGGAGCAAUUAAGAUGGGCAUUCAUUCAUGGGAGAACCUCUGACAUGCACAGUUUGCAACCUUUUGUGGAUUGAUGUAAAACGUCCCAGCAGUUCUUGCUCAAUAAAGGUCAUAUUGGAAACAUG